CCAGUGGGAUGGCGGGGUCUCUCGUAUAUAUAUUGUUGAUGGCGCCGCUUGUCCAGAUGCUUCGUAUUUCACCAUCAUCGCCGUUUGGUGAUACAUACUUGUCUUUUUAUCACAUUCUUAUAGAACUUCUAAGCAUAACACAAUGUCGUACAAUAGACCGCCUCCGGGCCCCCCUCCAGGCGGCUAUCCUCCACAAGGCCACCCGCCGUAUCCUCAGCAUCAACCCUACGGACCUCCCGGCGGGCCUCCUCCGCAAGGAGGAUACCAUCCUCCUCAACAGAGCGGUUAUCCCCCUGGCCCUGGCGGCCCUCCUGGUCCCUACGGCGCACCUCCGCAGGGACCUCCUCAAGGAUAUCCGCCACAGGGAUACCCUCCACAGCAGCAAAGUUAUGGCUAUCCACCUCCAGGGCCUUAUGGUCAACCUCCUCCAGGCGCAUACGGAGCCCCUCCACCUCAGCAGGGAUAUCCUCAGCAGGGUUUUGGGGGUGCCCCGCGACCAGUCCAAGGACCUCCGGCAGCCCCCUCACUGGGCUACGUUCCCAACCAGACGGCCCCUGGCGAUUUCACUCCCCAGGCCAAUGCUCUACGCAAGGCCAUGAAAGGCUUCGGUACGGAUGAAGCCACUCUAAUCAGCGUUCUUGUGGCAUUGGAUCCUCUUCAAAUGGCAUCUGUUCGCGAAGCCUACACCCGUCAUAUCAAUCGUGAUUUAUACAAAGACGUGAAGAGCGAGACAGGCGGGUAUUUCGAACAGGGAUUACUUGCUAUUAUUGAUGGACCAUUGGUGAACGAUGCAAAGCUUGUCCGCGAUGCAGUCAAGGGAUUGGGUACAAAAGAAUGGUUGUUGAAUGACGUGCUGUUGGGCCGGUCCAAUGCCGAUCUUCGAGAGAUUAAAAACGCAUACCAACGCCUACAUAACCGCAGUUUGCAAAAGGACGUGGAAGAUGAUUUAUCCGCCGAGACCAAGAAUCUUUUCUUGCAUGUUAUUUCGGCAACGCGUCACGAAGAAUCCCAGCCUAUCGAUCACAAUGCUAUCGAAAGUGAAGUCAGGAGCAUCCAUGGCGCGACAUCUGGUCGAGUGAUCAAUAAUGUGGCUGAGAUAUGUGCCAUUUUUGCAAAGAGUUCAGACAAUGAAUUACGCGCCAUCAACCACACGUUCCACCAGCGCUACAACUCUGAUUUAGAGAAACAUAUCGAGAAGAAUAUCUCUGGACAUAUGAAGGAUGCUCUUCUGUACAUGCUGCGGACAGCCGCAGACCCGGCGCUUCGAGACGCUAUCGCCUUGGAAGAAGCUAUGGCUGGAGCUGGCACUAAGGACUUCAAGCUUGUAGUGCGGAUUGUACGACUGCACUGGAACAAGGUUCACCUAGAUCAGGUGAAGAAGGCAUAUCAUCACCAUUACAAACGCGACCUACGCCAGCGCGUCCAGGGUGAAGUGAGUGGAGAUUACCAAAAGCUCAUGCUUGGGCUUUUGGGCUAGUCUAUGCCACUUCACUGCCUUGUGGAAGUAGUACCUUGUCAAUAAUCCAUCCCAGACAUGUUUAUUGCUUUGUAUUCAUACUAUUUUGUAUAUAACAAUUCCUUGACUCGCCAGUCACUUCACGUUUUAACUUUGGUCAAUGACUGUACGGACAUGAGUUUUAAUGGAUAUACAUACCCUUUGUGCUCUUCAUAAUUGUUUGCUUUGUCCAUGGUUCUGCCUUAUUCAGACGCGCAAUAGAUUGAACAGAAUACGGAAAGUUAAAGCUAGACUCAACCGCCCUACUUCAAAUCCACCACCAGAAUCGAUACACCCAGUCCUGCAAUCCCACUAGCCCACAAGGACUCUUCAGCAACCUUCCAAACCGU